UCUUUAGAAAUCGGCUUUGCAGCAAUGUACCGUUAUAAAGGCGCGUCUGUGCUGUCCACGCCGACGCCUUUCACCAGCCCGCCUUUGGACAAGAUCAAGUGCAUAGGCAAGACAAUAAAACCGAGCAGCCCAGCGGCGGAGGAGGGGUCGAACAAACCCGCCAGGACACGCAUCCGCGCAGCGAACAAGCAAUCAUUCCAUAGAAGAAGACUGCUCCUUUCUGAAGUGUCUAAAAGUGACUCAAACACAGUGGAUUCUGGUGAAGAGGACCUGAACCCAAGGACUGCACUCCUGAAUGCCACCCAGCGAUGGGCAUCUGUGAAAGAGAAGGAUGCCAGUGUCCCACCUGCCACUUCCUGCAUAUUACUGAAGCCUAAACCAUCGCCGACCAUCCCAGAGCUGACCAGGGAACCAGUGCCGGAAGACUGGAAUCGGAACACCUGCACUACAAGGAAAAAAACCAAAGAGGCUUUCAAAAACAUUCAGGUGGAGGGUAAUGCAAAGCCAGCUCCUUCAAGCUCCAGGGACAGUUGUGUCCAAGCAGGAGAGGUCGUUACAGAGCUGUGCGAGUGGAGACAGCGGAUCAAGAGACACAGAGCAGCUCUGAAGAAGGGCAGAGAGAGAAUGAGUUGGAAGCCCUUGAAUCUUGUAAUUAUAAGCAGCCCAAGAGUUUUACAGUGUUCUGGCACUACGUUAAGACUGGAGAGACCGUUCCAAACCAGGGCAAAAAGAGCUACGGACUCCAACCCCUGCCCAGGGUCAAAGCGUCAGCAUCCUGCUUAUCGAAACUGCCAAUCCUCCAUGGAGCAACAGAACUGUAUUAGGAGAGAUCCUGCUUCAAGCCCAAAAACCAGAGAGGUCCUGAUCGCAGACUGUGGUACAGUCCAGCAGACAUUGGAAACAGACCCACCUCCACAGCUCAGGAACCCAGUGCUGGUCAAGGAACCGCAGAAACAGGACAAACACCAAACAAGGAGCUCACAUCCGCAACCAGAAACGACCACAUGUCUCUGGGCGUACAGAUCCGUGUACGCACACAAGUGGCCUCGGCAGGAAAUCAACGCACUACGGAGGACGCCAGCCGCCAUGGAUGACUAUGAAGACUUCCAAAGAUGGGUCAGCAGCAUCAGCGCUAGCAUGAAGAGGCCCACAGCAGCAUGGCAAGGAAGAGGGGCACGGAAACCGAACUCUGAGGAAGGGCAGGAAGUCAUGAGAAGGAAGCCCUACAAAUGCACGAGAGCGAGGUAUCAAGGAGGUUCGGUGAAACACGAGAGAGGAGACGCAUCCGGAGAUCCAGUUCCAGUAAGACUAGAAAACACCCACACAUGGCAAUACAUUUUGUACUAAAGUCU